GCUUCACGGAGCAAACAUGGACGUCACAUGUGAGAGAAUGACCUAAACAUGAGACUUCCAGCUGUCUGUGGGACAAACCAGCAGAGACAACAAGUGGAGGGCAGACAGGCGGCAUGACGGAGGAGAAAUGUCCCCAGCUGGUGGACUACUUUGUAGUGGCGGGUCUCGACCCCGCGGGGCCCUGGAAGCCCCUGGACGAGGAUGGCAAGUCCUCCAACUCUUCCUCCUCCACGUCCUCCUCCUCUUCCUCCACCUCGUCGUCGGGCCGGGCGGUGGAGCCGGUGACGGACUUGGCCGUGAUCGCCCGGGGGCUCGGGGAGGAAGUGCCGGAGGGCUUCACGUGCAUCGAGAGGACGCUGGGAGGACACUCGGCCGAGCUGAGCGCCGGACUCAUCAACAACCCGC